AUGUUGUUCUUCAGCUUCUUCAAAACGCUCACAAACCACGUCGUCACAGUCGAACUCAAAAACGACAUUCGCAUUCGCGGCACUCUCAAAUCAGUCGACCAAUACCUGAACAUCAAGCUCGACGAUGUCGACGUGUUAGAUCUUGAUAAAUACCCCCACCUGUCGUCCGUCAAGAAUAUGUUUAUCCGUGGUAGUGUUGUCAGAUAUGUGGUGUUGCCGCAAGCAGAGGUAGACCGCGGGUUGUUGGAGGAUGCGACGAGGAGAGAAGCGGCGAAUCAAGCUAGCAAAGCUCGAUAA